AUGAUGAAGGCCUUUGAGCCUUACUUUGAGAUUUUGGAAGCAUACUCCACCAAGGCCAAGAACUAUGUCAAUGAACAUUGUACCAAAUAUGAGUCCUGGCAGCUCAUUGCAUGGAGUGUCACAUGGACCCUGUUGAGACAAGAAAAGUUGAAUAAGGCUAAGGAAGAGAUCAUCAAGAACUUUUCGUUCUUUAAUGUUGACAUAGACUAUGUGAAAACUCUGCCCUCCCAGGGUCUGAGUGCACCUGCAGUUCUGAAGAAACUCAAGGAAUACAGCUCCAUGGAUGUCACCUGGCAAGAAGGAAGAACCUCAGGAGUAGUAUAUAGUGGGGAGCAGACACUCAUAGAGCUGCUUGUGCAGGCUUAUGGAAAUUUUGCAUGGAGUAACCCAUUACAUCCAGAUGUUUUCCCAGGACUGCGUAAACUAGAAGCAGAAGUUGUGAGGAUGAGUUGUUCACUAUUCAAUGGGGGCCCAGAUUGCUGUGGUUGUGUCACCUCUGGGGGAACGGAAAGCAUCCUGAUAGCCUGCAAAGCUUAUCGGGACCUGGCCUUAGCGAAUGGGAUCAAGACUCCAGAAAUUGUGGCUCCCCAAAGUGCCCAUCCCGCAUUUGACAAAGCAGCCAGUUACUUUGGGAUGAAGAUUGUGCGGGUUCCACUGAACAAGAUGAUGGAGGUUGAUGUGCAGGCCAUGAGAAGAGCCAUCUCCAGGAAUACUGCUAUGCUUGUCUGCUCCACCCCACAGUAUCCUCAUGGUGUGAUGGAUCCUGUCUGCGAAGUGGCCAAGCUGGCUGUCAAAUACAAAAUACCCCUUCACGUGGAUGCUUGUCUCGGAGGCUUCCUCAUUGUAUUUAUGGAGAAAGCUGGAUACCCACUGGAGAAGCCAUUUGACUUCCGGGUGAAAGGUGUGACCAGCAUUUCUGCUGAUACCCAUAAGUAUGGCUAUGCCCUCAAAGGCUCAUCAGUUCUGUUAUACAGUGACAAGAAGUAUAGGAACUACCAGUUCUUCAUCGACAUGGAUUGGCAGGGUGGCAUCUAUGCUUCCCCAACCAUUGCAGGCUCACGACCUGGUGGCAUUGUUGCAGCCUGUUGGGCCGCCUUGAUGUACUUCGGUGAGAACGGCUAUGUUGAAGCUACCAAACAGAUCAUCAAAACCACUCGCUUCCUCAAGUCAGAGCUGGAAAACAUCAAAGGCAUCUUUGUUUGGGGGAAUCCCCAGCUCUCAGUCAUUGCUCUGGGCUCCCAUGAAUUUGAUAUCUAUCAACUCUUUAACAUGAUGAAUGCUAAGGGAUGGAAACUGAACGCGAUGCAGUUCCCCCCCAGCAUUAAUUUCUGUAUCACAUUAGUGCAUACCCAGAAAGGAGUGGCAAUUCAGUUCCUAAAAGAUGUCCGGGAAUCUGUCAGUCAAAUCAUGAAGAAUCCCAAAGCCAAGACCACGGGAAUGGGUGCCAUCUAUGGCAUGUUCCAGGCAUCUGGUGACAGGACUUUUGUUGCAGAAAUUUGCUCUUUCUACUUGGACAGCCUGUACAGUACAGACACUGUAACCCAGGGCAACUAGAAGAAUGGCUUUCUAAAACCC